GGCCCGGGCACAGUCCGGUGCGAGUCCCGCCUGACGGAGAAGGCCAGACAUGGCGAGCAAAGUGCCAGUCCCGCUGCCCACGGUGCUGAUGUCCGUACGCGCCUGGCUGGGGGCCCCGGGGCGGGAGGCGGUGCAGUUACAGCUUCUCCUGGGACCGGACAGUGUGCGGGAUUUCCGACUCUCAUUGCGGGGCCUGACGGGAACGACUGUGACAGACUUUAAGCUGAGAGACAUCUCCUACGAGCAGAAGAGCGCUAAGUGCCACGAGUUGCAGGUUCCGGGGCUCCCGGGCAGCUCCCUAGAGUUCUCCUUUGAUGAAGAACGAGAAGGCCAGAAAUGGUGGACUGUGCUGAGCAGCUCUCUCCGAGAAGCAAGGAAAGAUGUGCCCAAUCACGGCAACGGAGGGGCCAAACCUCCUGUACUCGAUAGGCCAGCGAUGCCGCCGAACAAGAAUUCCUACAGGAGCCUCUCAGCGGAGGCACCGGAGAUGCCCAUAGACUUAUGCACAAAGGAAGAAUUAGGCCUCCGCCUCAGCAGAGCCAUAGAGUGUGGGGACCAGGAACUGGCGGCCCAGUUUGCCGCGGCGCUGGCAAAGCAGAAGGUUUCCCUCCAGAUCCAGUUAAAGCCGUCCUGCUACCCGAAAACGGAAAUCUGUAUGAAGGUGGGGGUCGAGGACGCGUCGGAUUCGGUGAACAUCUCAACGUACGUUCAGCCCCAAACUACCAUCUCCUUGCUCAAACAGCAGAUAUUCCGGGAGCACCAGUUCCACCCGAGCAUUCAGCGGUGGAUCAUUGGCCAAUGUCUGUGCUCGGAUGACAGGACAGUCGCUUCCUAUGGAAUAAAAAGAGACGGGGACACGGCCUUUCUCUACCUGUUAACCGCCAAGCAGGCCAAACUGGGCGCGCAGGAUCCGUAUCCGAGGGUUAACCCCGCGCAGCCUGGCGUCUCUGCAGCUGAUAAACCAAGAGCCAAUACCCUUCCGCACCGGCCAGCACCAAGGCCCAGUGUCUCUCAGAGGGUGGAGCGGGCGGAACAAGCAAAUAUAGCGGAGGUGGCCAAUAAAUUGCACUUGGAAAUGGAAUCACUGAAUCUGUCGGCAGCUCCUCCUACCCAGGCCGGCUGGGCUUGUUCUGACUGCACCUUCAUCAAUAAGCCGACCAGGCCGGGCUGUGAGAUGUGCAGCGCCCCCCGGCCCACAGCCUACGUGGUCCCAGAGGAAUAUAAACCCGACGAUAAGGAGCGGAAGCGACUGCAAAUGGAGCAGGACAGUUUGCAGCAGUACAAAAAGGCCUUGGAGGAGGAGAGAUCUCAGAACUUCCAGCACCUUCUGCAGCUGGACAACGAGGUUCUGAUCCCAAACCAGGAGCCCAUUGAUUGUCUCAUUUGCUUCUCAGAGGUCCCAGUAGGGGGCGGUGUUCUGCUGAGAGAGUGUCUGCACAGCUUCUGCAGGGAAUGUCUGCGCCAACUGGUGAACUGCUGCGAGGAACCCGAGGUGUCGUGUCCCUUCCGAGAUGAGACCUACGCGUGUAACAGCAAACUGCAGCAGCGAGAGAUCCGCGCCUUAGUGGCGCAGGAGGAGUACAGUCGGUUCCUGGAGAGGGGGCUGGUGGUUGCCGAGAGCAGAAGCCAUGACAGUUACCAUUGCCGCACAGCCGACUGCCGGGGUUGGUGCGUUUAUGAAGACUCCGUCAAUGAGUUCACCUGCCCCAUUUGCCACGCCCAGAACUGCCUCACCUGCAAGGCCAUACACGACGGGAUGAAUUGCCGCGAGUACCAAGACGAUUUGCGGAUCCGAGCGCAGAACGACGCAGCCGCCAGGCAGACCAAUGACAUGCUCAAGACGCUGGUGCAGACCGGGGAGGCGAUGUACUGCCCCGUGUGUCAGAUCAUUGUACAGAAGAAGGACGGAUGUGAUUGGAUCCGCUGCACCAUGUGUCAGACUGAGAUCUGCUGGGUGACGAAGGGCCCGCGCUGGGGGCCACAGGGCCCCGGAGACACGUCGGGAGGCUGCCAGUGCAACAUCAAUGGGAAGAAAUGUGACCCCCGGUGUCAGAACUGUCACUGAGUACAAAGGGGAGGGGCUUCCUAUUUGCCCUUACGGCUGGACUGUUUCUAUGGCAACCACCGUGUCUGGGGUGGGAGGGGAUCAUUGCGGCCCACCAGCAGACUCUGAGAAUUCCCCCAUCUCCCACCUCAGUGUGCACUGAAUUCAUGCCCCAUGGUAUUUAUUCUGCCCCCAGAAGGGGCAAUAACAGGGUACAGGGGCAUUCACAAUAGGCCCUGGCAUUUCAAGCCCACUGUGGCCCAAUAGACAGUGACCGUGGCGCCGUAGCUCCGGGCUCGGCUGCAGCCCCUACGGUUCAACCCCCUCCUCAUCCUCGGCUGUUGGCCCAAACCCACCGCAUUGGGGUAUGAAAGGGGGCAUUAAGCAUUAUUUGCCCUAUCCUAAACUCAUUAAUCUCUGGUUUUUGUUUGCAUUUGAAUUUCCUUUUGGUUUGACUUCCCCUUGAAUUUCCCUGUUACGUAUAUAACAACCUCGGGGAUUGGUUAGUGAAGCGCUGCCUUUACUUCCUGUCCGUCGCUCACGGUCCCUUUCCUGCGACACUAAAGUGAUUUCUGCCUGAUUUUUGUCUCCUUUGGAAAUCGAAUCUAUAACAAUAAUAAUAAUAAUGCUUUAUAUUUGCAAGAA